AUGCCUCUGAGACUUCAACGAGAAGAAUGUGUGGACCCGCUGGUGUCAGGCCUCUACGCCUCGUCCUUCCUGGCCUCCUCCAGAUAUAACUUUCUCUACUCUGCCAAUUUCGCCAAGUUGUAUGGCAGCAGCGGCUGGUCUCCUUCCCCCAGGGAUCGGCAGCCGUGGUUGCAAGUGGAUUUGGGCAGGAAAUACCGCCUGAGGGCCAUCGCCACCCAGGGCACGUUCAAUUCGUACGACUGGGUCACCAAGUACACCUUGCUCUAUGGAGACAGACCGGAUUCAUGGACGCCGUAUAUCAUGAAAGGAGGAAACUCGACUCUGCCUGGGAACUGGAAUUAUUAUCAGGUGAAGAGGAACGUCUUUCAUUACGCCUUUACUGCAAAACACAUUCGCCUUCUGCCUCUGGCAUGGAACACAGAGAAUGGAGGGAAGAUUGGUGUCAGGCUGGAGCUGUUUGGAUGCCAUUAUGAUUCCUAUGUUCUGCAGUAUAACGGGGAUGACUCAGUGGUCUAUAUGUAUCCUGGGAAAAGAUCCCGUACGCUCGACGACCACAUUGAAAUCAACUUCAAAACCCUGGAGCAGGACGGUUUGCUGUUACACAGCGAUGGAGUACAAGGGGAUCUCUUCACCCUGGAACUAAAAAGAGGUCGUCUCCACCUUCAUAUCAGCCUAGGUAGUAGCGUUAUACACAAAACAGACGGUCGGACCACUCUGGUAGCCGGAAGCCUUCUCGACAACUUGCACUGGCACUACGUCAGCAUCAAGCGAUCGGGCCGUCAGGUAAACUUCACCGUCGACAGCCAGACGGUGACAGCGAUCUGUAACGGAGAGUUUAGCCACUUGGAUCUGGACAAUAAGUUAUACGUCGGUGGCGUCAUAGAGCCAAAAAUGCCUCACCUCCCCACCACGCCGAAUUUCCGAGGUUGCCUGGAAAAUGUCUUCAUCAACGGCAUCAACGUCAUCUAUAAGGCCAAGCGAGAAGAAGAGGACAUUGUCAUACCAAGAAAGAAAAAGAUGCAUUUUGCCUGCCGUGACAUUCUUCUCAAACCAAUGACCUUCGCCGGGCCCAAUAACUACCUGCAAGUGCCAGGCUUCUUCAGAAGGCCUCGCAUGUUUGUCAAGUUCAAGUUCCGCUCGUGGGACUACACAGGAUUGCUCAUGUUCACGCGCUUCGCCGAUGACUUGGGUGCCCUGGAGCUAGGACUGAGCGAGGGGCAGAUCAACGUCACUAUCUUUCAGCCCGGCAAGAAGAAGCUGCAGUUUGCCGCAGGUUACAGGCUUAAUGAUGGUUAUUGGCAUUCAGUGGAUUUGGCGGCCAGAGAUAACCUUUUAACUCUCACGAUUGACGAGGAGGAGGGUUCCCCGUUGAAGAUCACUAAUCCCUUCACCAUUCGCACUGGGGACCGUUACUUUUUUGGAGGCUGUCCAAAAACCAACAACACUAUCAGGAAGUGUGAGACCAAGCUGAACCGCUUUCACGGUUGCAUGCAGCACAUCUUCAUAGACAACGAACAGCUUGACAUCGACAUCAUAUUGCAGCGACAGUGGGGGCGCUACGCUGAACUCUUGCUGGGAACAUGUGGCAUCACCGACAGAUGUAGUCCCAAUCCUUGCGAGCAUGAAGGUAGAUGUAUUCAGUCAUGGGAUGACUUUAUCUGUCUGUGUGAAAACACCGGUUAUAAAGGGGAGGUGUGUCACAUGUCUGUGUAUAAAGAGUCAUGCGAGGCAUACAGACUCAGCGGAAAAUACUGGUCCGGAAACUACACCAUUGAUCCGGAUCUGAGUGGCCCACUAAAGCCAUUUGAAGUAUACUGUAAAAUGAAGUCAUACAAAGCUUGGACGGUGAUCUUAAAUGACCGCGUCGACGGUACAAAGGUGACCGGGAGUUCAAUUGACAAUCCAUACAUCGGAAAUGUCAAUUACUGGAACGCAUCUUGGGAUGAAGUAACCGCCUUGGCCAACACCUCCUUGUACUGUGAGCAGUGGGUUGACUACUCCUGCUACAAGUCCCGUUUCCUCAACACACCCAACGGAAGACCUUUCGGUUACUGGAUUGGUCGCAACAAUGAGAGUCACUAUUACUGGGGGGGGACGUUCCGAGAGGUCCAAAAGUGUGGCUGUGCGAUUAACCAGACCUGUGUUGACCCCAAGUAUCAAUGCAACUGCGAUGCAGACUACAGACAAUGGUACUCCGAUAAGGGCUACUUGGACUUCAGGGACCAUCUCCCUGUCAGGAGGGUGGUAGUUGGUGACACCAACAGGACUGGCUCAGAAGCACAGUUUACAGUAGGACCUCUCCGCUGCCAUGGCGACAGAAACAUCUGGAACACGAUAGCCUUCACAAAACCUGCCAACAUAACCUUCCCCACGUUCAAGCCUGGCUCCAGCGCUGACAUCUCCUUCCACUUCAAAACAUACAGAUAUGACUCGGUCUUCUUGGAAAACUCUGACGACCACCUGAAAAACUUUAUCCGACUAGAGCUCAACACCACACAUAAUCUAGUGUUUGUCUUCAUGGUGGGGGACGGCAUCCAAAAUGUGACCCUACGCUCCCCCGUGCCACUCAAUGAUAAUGAGUGGCACUUCGUCCAGGCUGAGAUUAAUGUGAAAUUGGCUCGACUCAAAGUCGACUAUCAGCCUUGGGCUGUCAGACGUUUCCCCAGUCAGACCUUUGUCACCAUGAACUUUACAAACCCACUUGUUGUGGGUUCACGCAACCGUACCCAAAAACCCUUCUUGGGUUGUCUCCGAGGGUUGCGACUGAAUGGUGUACCUCUCGAUUUGGAAGGCAAAGUUGAUGAAGAAAAAGGUAUAAGGAGGAACUGUACCGGCCAGUGUCUCAAUGCCACUAUUCCUUGCCGUAAUAGUGGACAAUGUAUUGAGGGCUACGCCUCUUAUACCUGUGACUGCAACAACACUGCAUUUGAUGGUUUCUACUGCCAUAAAGAUAUCGGUGCCUACUUUGAACUUGGAUCCUGGUUGAAGUACAACGUGCGGAAGAAGCCCAUAUCUGACGAAGCGGCAUGGGCCAACUGGAUCGACCCGCAUUACGACAAUUUCAGCCUGGGCUACAACGAUACGGCUGAUGACAUUGAGUUCAGCUUCAGCACUGUUUACACACCGGCCGUCCUGCUCUACAUCAGUUCCUUUGUUCAUGAUUACAUUGCCGUGGUACUGAAGAACGACGGUAGUGUGGAUCUGAGGUAUAAACUGGGACUCAUCACCCACAAGUACGAGCUGACUCGGCGUAAUCUUGCAGACGGAUACCCACAUUACAUCAACAUCACCAGACACAACAGGACCAUCAAAACACAGGUGGAUUUUAUGGAGCCCAUUGUCGAAAAGAUAACUUUAGUAGAAGAUGCAAGAUUUGAUUCUCCAAGAUCCAUGUUCUUGGGCAGAGUAAUGGAGGUCGGUGACAUUGAUUACGAAAUCCAAAGGCACAACGCCCCAGGCUUCAUUGGUUGCAUCUCUGGCGUGAGAUAUAAUGUGUACGCACCUCUAAAGGCUCUUUUCCGGCCCAAUGAAACGGACCCUCCGGUGACUACGCAAGGUUAUGUCUCUGAGUCCAACUGUGGCGCCUUCCCUCCCGUCCUGGGUUACGUCCCAUGGGAGGUGGAUCCCUGGUUUACCACCAUAGAUUACAUAUAUAUCCAUGAUGACCUUGGCCUUUUCUGGAUCAUAGUCAUUGUCAUCUUGGCACUGCUACUUCUGCUGGCAGGCUUGUAUAGCAUCUACGUGUAUGCGUACCAGCAAAAGGGCACCUAUCGCACCAACGAGCCCAAACACCUAGAGUCGCCCAGCAGCUCCCGGCCCCUCACCGAAACCCUGAGACGGAAGAUCCUGCCUGAAAUUGACGAGGACUUCAGGAGCGGCUAA